ACGACGCGUUUAGACGUUCUUUGAAAGAACAAAUAUGCGCGACAACGUUGGUUUGGUUCAUUCAUCUAUUAAUCAAACGAAAAGGGUUUUGCGUUAGGGUUUUGUUCUCUCAAUCUUCCAUUGUGAUACCAACAAGCUUCUAACUUUCGCGUUUUCAUCGAAAUACACGACAAAUUAUGGCUGAUUUAGAAAAUGACCUUUUGGAGGCUGCUGGUAUAAACAAACAUUCUCUCCCACCUUCAUCAAAAAAUCAAUUUUUUGAUUCCGGAGUCGAUGAUUCUGAAGAUGAUUCUGAUGACGAUGCAUCUCAGGCUCGUCAUAAGAAGAGAGGAAGAGAUGAUGAUGAUGAUGAUGAUGCCAGUGAUGAUGAUGGUGGUAGUUCUGAUCGUGAGGUGGACAGGAGUGAUGAAUCUGAUGUUGGUGAUGAUCUUUAUAAGGAUGAGGAUGACAGAAAGAAACUUUCUGAGAUGACUGAACUUCAAAGAGAGAUGAUUUUGUCUGAUAGGGCUGCUAAGAAGGAUGAUAAAGAUAUUUUGUCGAAGAUAGCAUCGAAGCGUGAGAAGGGAAAUGUAUCGAGAAGAGAGACUCCGCCUCUUCCAUCUUCUCGUAUGAUGUCAUCUACUAGAUCUUAUGACAGGUCAGCUGCUAAGGAUGGUGCAUUGAAUGAACUGCGUGCUAAGAGGCUGAAACAGCGAGAUCCGGAAACACAGCGCGAGCUGAAAGAGGGGUCUAAAAGUGCAGGAUCUGGGGUUUUGUCGAAAAUAGGUAAACCUAAUUUCAGCAGCUCAAGCCAUAGUGAAAGUGAAAGUAGGUCCCGUAGUGAUGAGGACGUUGAAGGUUUGUCUGAAGGUGAAGGGAUUAUUGACAGCAAUGAUGACAAGAUAAUGCCUGGAUUUGAAAAGCCUUCGUUCGAGGACAUACAAGAUAUCACCAUUCCAAGGUCAAAACUUACGAAAUGGUUUAUGGAGCCUUUUUUUGAGGAGUUAAUUGUUGGUUGUUUCGUAAGGGUUGGUAUUGGCAGGUCAAAGACUGGACCUAUCUACAGGUUGUGUAUGGUGAAAAAUGUUGAUGCCUCAGAUCCUGAUCGGCUGUAUAAAUUAGAUAAUAAAACCACAUACAAGUACUUGAAUGUUGUCUGGGGAAAUGAGACCUCUGCUGCGAGGUGGCAAAUGGCUAUGGUUAGCGAUUCUCCCCCACUUGAGGAGGAGUUUAAACAGUGGGUUAAGGAAGUAGAGCGAAGUGGUGGCCGGAUGCUGAAGAGGCUAGAUGUGGUGGAAAAAAAGCAAGCCAUGCUGAAGAUCAAUAAUUUUGUUUACUCAGCAGCUACUGUGAAGCAGAUGUUAGAAGAGAAAAAAUCUAUCUCGCGGAGGCCACUAAAUGUUGCAGCUGAGAAGGACCGGUUGAAAAGGGAACUGGAAAUUGCAGAAAGCAAGAACGAUGCAGCUGGAGUAGAGAAGAUCCAGACAAAACUGCAAGAAUUGGAGGAAUCCCGGAAAUCUCGGGAGAAGGACGCCAAGGCUUUGAGGCUUUCUGAGAUGAACAGAAAGAACAGGGUUGAGAACUUCAAAAAUGCUUCUGAUUUAAAGCCAGUUAAUAAAGCAUUGAAAGCAGGGGAGGCAGGUUAUGAUCCUUUUUCAAGGAGAUGGACUAGAUCAAGGAACUACUAUAAUUCAAAACCGGCUGAAGAGGCUACAGCUGGAAAUAACACUUCUGGUGGUGCAGUGGGUGAUGGAGGCAGCAAUGGGAUUGGAGCUGGUAUGGCGGCCACUACCGAGGCUUUAGAAGCUGCUGCUGGUGCUGGGAAGUUAGUAGACACAAGAGCUCCAGUAGAUGAAGGAACGGAGUCAAAUGUACUGCAUGAUUUUGAGUUGCCAAUAUCGCUAGCAAUGCUGCAAAAGUUUGGUGGAGCGAAGGGAGUUCAGGCAGGGUUUAUGGCAAAAAAGCAGAGAAUUGAAGAAGUUGUUGGAUUUCGCGUCCCAGAAAACGAUGGAAGGAGACAUCAGCUGACAUUAACAGUUAGUGAUUACAAGAGAAGAAGAGGACUUCUUUGAAAUUUGUUGAAGUGACAAUUUUCCUUUUGGUUAGCUCUAUUACAAGGCAAAAGCUGGUUUGUAUUUUCUGCAGAAAUGUUUUGCAAUAGAUCAUAGAGUUUUCAGUCUGAGACAAACCCCUGGAUUAAAGUUUAGAUUUGUGGUUUACUAAAAGAUUAUGACUAGAAAAAUAUAUUAUCGUGGACAACUUAGUUUUUGCUACAGAAUUCCUUUUAUAUUCCAAGACAUUCCGGAA